CCUUCUUCUUCAGCGCAUAGAACGCGCGCAUGUUCUACAAAGAAACAUGAUAGGUCAGUGCCAACAAUGCCAUCGAAGCGAUCCAGGGCAUGCGAUGCAUGCCACACAAUCAAGAUUAAAUGCAACCUUGGUUCUGACGGCGGAGAUCCACCGUGCACGAGAUGCGUUCGACUCGGCAAGGAUUGUAUAAUAACACCACCAAAGCGGCAAAAGGAUCGUGUAGCAGAGCUCGAAGCACAAGUUGCAUCGCUGACUCGACUGCUGGAAGUGCAGAACAUACAGGCAAACUCUCCAGUAAGCUCUGUGCCGGCUUCGACGUUCAGCGCUACGCCAUCCACAACAAACGGGGAAGCCAUGUCCAAGAAGCGACGUUUAGACGAUGCAACUCCCCGGGAAAGCAGUGAAGAAACAGAGGACCCAGGUGGAAACGGGCUGCCUGGCCUUGAUAAGAUUCUGAAGAAUGCUGAUCAGAGAUUCAUUUUCGAUAAGUAUGUGCAGGGGAUGAUGCCAAAUUUCAGUCCUGUGCCCCUUAUUGGGGAUGUCAAUUACGACCUCUUCCGCAAAGACAGACCGCUGCUACUUCAGGCAAUCAUUUACUCUGCAUGUCACGGCGUCCUGCCAGUAGACCAGCAAGAAGAUAUAUCAAAACACGUGACCGACCUGCUCGCACGAAGGGCCACCGACAAGGCACAAAAGUCCCUUGAUAUCAUUCAAGCUAUCCUCACGGUAUCCGUCUGGUUUCGUUUUCCUCGGUAUCAUUCCAACAUGACCGGUGUCCGUCUCGCACACUACGCUCUAGAUAUUGCCAAAGAACUCGGCCUUGAAGGAACAUGUAAUGACUACGACUCGGCCAUUACAUCCCAUACGGACAGCGCCGCAGCUUGGAGCACAUGGCUCUUCUGCUACCUAAUGUCCGCAAACAUGGGUAUUUUGGCCCGUCGAUCCAACCCCAUUCCCUGGACUCAACACGAGGAGAUCCUGCUCAUGAUGCUCAGCUAUUGGCCGCACGGCCUCGAAUAUAAUCGAUUGAUUGCCCAAUAUGUGCGCGCUGAACGUCUUUGCGAGACUCUCGCAGGCACAUAUAAUCUGACCGUACCAGACCCGAUGACACCGGAACAUCCCUCGCUCCAGGGUAUGCUGAGCCAGAACUCGAACCUCCUUACCGACUGGCGCGUGCAAAUUCCACCUUCGCUGCCAGGUCCUUCUCGCGCUGCCCUGUCGUUCUGGGAGCACUACGCGACCAUCCUACUACACGAAGCAGUCUUACACACACCAACCAACGCAGCAUCAUUCUGUGCGCCUUUCACAGCAGAGAGACUGUCUAUCACAGACUUUCCUGCGCCUGCACUCGUCACGUCUCAGCAUGUCAACAGUCUGUGUGUCCUGCGCGACACCUGCCAGGCUUUCUCAGAGCUCUACAUCGGUCUACCAAUGAGCACACUUACCUCGCUUCCACCAAUUCUCUUCGCUGUGCGGCAUUUGUACAGUGUGAGUAUUCUUCUGCGGGUCUACAUCGCAUGCACGGCGAUCGGCAAUACGUAUGGUGCAUACGUGGAUGCUGAGAGUCUUCGAGUAGACGAGGUUCUGGAGAAGAAUGUUGAUCUAUGUGACAAACUGCAUCAGAUUGACCCAAAAUGUCUUGCGGCGCGGCUGAGUAGCGCGAACGCCCGGUUGAAGGAGUGGGUUGUGAAUUAUCGUGUAACACAAGGUAUUGCAGAGCCCAGCAUAGACAAGCCUUCUCUAGCACCCAAUGGUAUUUCCAGCAUGAAUGUCAUGAAUGGUGUCAAUGGCAUUAGCGAAGGCCUGAACGGGAUUUCCAAUAUAAACGGAUUCAGCGACGGCAUAAAUGCAAAUGGCAUAAGCGCUGGGUUAGAUUUCAAUGACCAGAACACCGCGCUCGACUGGACCGACUUCCCUCCCCUUGCAGCCGAUCCCUUCGAACAGUAUGGGUAUGGCCUGGAAGACUUUUUCGCGGAGCCGUUUCCCGAUUUCGGUACUUUCCGGAAUAGCAUGUAGACCGACCUGGC